CACCAAUUAAGGAGCCCGCCUCACAAGUUAAUCAUCGCUGUCCCAGAAACUAAGUGAAGUGAGAUCCAACAUUUCUCCCCGGCCUCUCUUUAAAACCUUCGCUCUCCCCCACUUCUUUGUCACUUCGAACUCCAGUUCCAGCUCUACACAUACAUACACACUAACGCACACUCGAACAGAGAUAUAUAGAGGUAGAACAAGGGAGAUCGAGGAGAAAUCAGAGGAAGAGAUGAUGGAAAGGGCCGAGGACUUAGGGCUCAGCCUCAGCCUCAGCUCAUCUCUUGCUCCUCACACUCACCAUGUCGCCAUGCUGCUCCGCUCUCCAGAGAAGAGAUUCAUGGAGAUGCCACUGCUCCCCGCGAAACGGAGCGAGCUCGCCGCUGAGGAGGGCCUGCGUGGUGGCAGCGACGAGGAGGACGGUGGCUGCGGCAUCGACGGCUCACGGAAGAAGCUCCGUCUGUCCAAGGACCAGUCAGCCGUGCUCGAGAACAGCUUCCGGGAGCACCCCACUCUCAACACUAGGCAGAAGGCAACCUUGGCGCAGCAGCUCGGCCUGCGGCCCCGUCAGGUCGAGGUGUGGUUCCAGAACAGACGCGCAAGGACGAAGCUGAAGCAGACGGAGGUGGACUGCGAGUUCCUGAAGCGCUGCUGCGAGACGCUGACCGAGGAGAACCGGCGGCUGCAGAAAGAGGUGCAGGAACUCCGCGCGCUCAAGCUUGUCUCGCCGCACCUCUACAUGCACAUGUCCCCACCCACCACCCUCACCAUGUGCCCCUCCUGCGAACGCGUCUCCAACGCCAACUCCACCGGCACCGCCGACCGCCGCUCGGGUACCGUCAACACGGCCAGCGAAGUCCCCAUCUGCCAUCGCCCGAUCGCCGUCCGGCCGCAGCAGUCAUGACGAUCUGUCGAGCCACCAGUUGUACUUGUAACUAGUACACUAGCUAGCUAGCUGUGCACCGUACGUGUCAAAGCUAGCCAACAGUCUGCGCAUUUAUUCGAGCAAACUGUUUCUUUCUUAAUUAUCUCUA